CUUCCCUCCACCCUGAGAGUUUUGGAGGGUUUUUGCAGAAACCACACACACACACGGAGACCCAAAAAUGGAGUUCGAGAAGCGAAAAGCGGCGACGCUGACGUCACUGAGAUCGGAGGUGACGGACAAGUCGCCGAAGGGCACGGUGGACACUCCGAUCAUUCCUCUCCUCGACGUCAUCAACGGCCACCGCGACUACUUCACCACCAGCUCCUGCUCCGGCCGAAUCUCCAUCCUCUCUCAGCCCGCUCGCCGGGUCUCCAAGAAGAAAGCCUCCGGCGGCGCGUGGCUUUACAUCUCUCACGACCCGGCCGAUCCCGACUCCGUCCUCGACCUCGUCUUCUGCUCCUCCGAACAGAAUGAGCAGGAGCUCCAAGACGACCAAAACGACGUUGUUUUCAGAUUCGAGCCACUGAUUAUCGCCGUCGAGUGCAGGGACGUGGCGGCGGCGCAGGUUCUGGUGUCGAAAGCCAUAGCGUCCGGGUUCAGAGAGUCCGGCAUUACGAGUUCGAACAAGCGUGUGAUUAUCGCGAUUCGCUGCUCGAUACGAUUGGAGGUUCCGCUGGGGAGUAGUCGCGAGAUUAUGGUGUCUCGCGAGUAUUUGAGGUUCCUUGUGGGCGUGGCGAACGAGAAAUUCGAGGCCAACCGGAAGAGGACCGAUGCUUUUCUGGAGGCUCUGCAGAGUGGGGAGAGCGGAGGAGGGUUUGCGGUGGCUCCUGCUGGUGGAAAUUACGAGAAUGCCCCUUCCGGGUUGAAGGGAGAUAGUGGAUGCUCUAGUCUGUCUGUUGUUCCGAUAGAGGUUUCCGGGGAGAAUGAGGAGAAUCUUUACCUCUGGGGUCAUUCGGCUUGCUCAUUGGUGAAGAAGGCGGAUAAUGGGAUUCUUGUGUUUGGUGGAUUUGGAGGCAUUGGAAGACAUGCUAGGAGAAAUCAGUGUUUGCUGGUUGAUACAUUGUCUGGUAGUUUGAGAGGGAUUAGCAUAGAGAGUAGUCCUUCACCGAGAUUGGGCCACACGGCUUCUUUGGUUGGAGAUUGUGUGUUUGUUAUUGGAGGCAGGGCUGAUCCUGAGAAAAUUCUGAGUGAUGUAUGGGUCCUCGAUAUACAGAAGAAGGAAUGGAAACUCACCGAAUGUUCUGGUGAUGUAUUUCCUCCCAGGCAUCGACAUGCUGCAGCCGUGGUAGGAUCAAAGAUAUAUGUGUUUGGUGGACUUAACAAUGAUGCAGUCACUUCUUCCUUGCAUGUACUGGAUACAGAUAAUCUGCAGUGGAGAGAGAUAGUUGUCAGUGAGGAAGGUCCGUGUGCCCGACAUUCACACUCAAUGGUGGCAUCGGGAUCUCAGCUAUAUAUGUUUGGAGGAUAUGAUGGUGAGGAAGCAAUUGGAGACUUGUACAGGUUUGAUACUGAAAAAUCUAAAUGUAAAUGGAAAAAAGUGAAGGCGUCUGGGAGAAGUCCCCAUGCAAGGUUCUCACACUCCAUGUUUGUGUACAAAAAUCAUCUUGGAGUUAUUGGUGGUUGUCCAGUUAGACAACGUUGCCAAGAGUUGGCAAUACUUGAUUUACGACUGUGCAUGUGGAGGCAUGUGAAACUGGAAUCCAACGGCGAAGAUUUGUUUGUACGUAGCACUGCCAAUGUUUUUGGUGAUGAUCUUGUUAUGAUUGGUGGCGGGGCAUCUUGCUAUGCAUUUGGUACAAAGUUCAGUAAGCCAAUGAAAAUCAACUUGCUUCCUCUGAUGCUGAGAGAUGAUAAUCGUAAACCACUCGUUGCAGAACUGCAUACUGACCAAAUUGAUAUUGUGAAGAGCGAAAAGAGUAGACAUCCACAGGUUCAAAAUGUUAAAACAUUAACCGAAGCUCCUGACCUAAAUUUUAAGAGUGAAUUACCCAUGGCUGAUGGCAUUGGUCAACAAGUGGAUGCAUAUUGGGUUCUGAAACUUGAAAGAAAGUAUGCGAAAAUAGGGAAGGACAUACUAAAGAAGUUUGGUUGGUUAGAUCUUGCAAGGAAGGUUUACUCCGUGGAAGGUGGUUUACAUAUUUGUUUCCCUGUGAGUGCAAAAUUUUCUGAUGUAUUGAAAGAAAAUCAGCAUCAUAUGGCAAAUUCAUUUGAAGGACAGAGUGAUCACAUUUGUAAGCCAGAUAUAGGAAAGGAAUGUUCGAUUGAUGAGGUCACCUGUUCAACAGCCUUAGACAUUCUAAAGGAAUGUGGUGCAACGAAGCUGGUAGAUGAGGUUGUUGAAGUCAGAAAAACUGCAAAAUCUCCCUUGAAAAUAAUGAGUGAUGCCGUGGGGUCUCUGCUGGAGGAUAAAGGCCUACCUGCAGGACUGUUGGAGGAGCUGCCAACCAGAUGGGAGCGCCUUGGAGAUAUUGUUGUGCUUCCAGUGACAUCAUUCAAGAAUCCGUUAUGGGACUCAAUUGCUGAGGAGCUUUGGCCUGCUGUUGCCAAAUCAGUAAAUGCUGUUCGCCUUGCUCGCCAAGGCCGAGUUGCAUCAACUGGUACAAGGGACAGUACUUUGGAGAUUCUUAUAGGAGAUAAUGGUUGGGUUGAUCAUCGUGAAAAUGGAAUUCUCUAUUCUUUUGAUGCUACUAAGUGCAUGUUCUCCUGGGGCAACCUUUCUGAGAAGCGCCGCAUGGGCUCUCUGAAUUGUAGAGAUGAGAUCAUUGUGGAUUUAUUUGCUGGAAUUGGAUAUUUUGUGCUGCCAUUUCUUGUCAGGGCCAAGGCAAAACUAGUUUAUGCUUGUGAAUGGAAUCCUCAUGCUGUUGCGGCACUCCGGAGAAACGUACAAGCCAAUUCUGUCAGUGAUCGAUGCAUCAUUCUUGAAGGAGAUAACCGGACAACGGCACCUACAGGAGUGGCUGAUCGGGUCUGCCUUGGUCUCAUUCCAUCAAGUGAAUCUAGCUGGGCCACUGCUGUUAGGGCAUUAAGGGGUGAGGGUGGGAUGCUACAUGUGCAUGGGAAUGUGGUGGACUCAGAGGAGAAUUCAUGGACCAAGCACGUAACAGAAUCAGUAGCUGAAACUGCUAGAUCUCAAGGUCAUUGUUGGGAGGUUUCAAUAGAACAUUUGGAGAGAGUUAAAUGGUACGCCCCACACAUCCGCCACGUUGUUGCAGAUGUAAGAUGUAGACAGACCCAGAAAUAACAAAAUAGGCACUGGUCCUGAUCAGUUGAAGGCAACAAAUUAUUCAGGACCCAUCAAUUUUCCUUGGGAUCCCACAAUGCAGUAGGUAAGCUGGCUUGGACUAGAUUGGCCUGCUUGAGAAAAAAUAUUAAAGAUGAUUGUUUGGUUUCUGGGUACUAAAUAUAUCCCUUCUUAAUGAAAAUCGACAUUAGCAAAGCAUUGUAUGAUUUGUAUCAGAAGGCACUGUAUGUCCUGUAACUUUGGAGUAAUGCAUAGGUUCUUAUUGAUUCAUAAACCCCAUCAAUUUUUGUUUUGGUCAUUAUUGAUUCAUUAAUACCUUGUCAUUGACUACUUUAUGU